UUAAAUAAAAACUUGAUUAAAAGGCAAGGGGGGACCUGGCCAAGUCUUCCCUUCUCAUUCCUCUUUAUCUUCUUCUUCUUCUUAAUCCUUCCUUGAAUUUCUAGGGUUUCUUUCAUGGAUCCUGGCACUGUAUCAAUCUUUGUCAUUUCAUGAGCUUUCGUUGAUUUCCUUCUAGACCCGGAUCAUAUCAAAUCUCUUAAUGGAGGUUCUGGAGAUGGAUGAAGCGAAGAAACCUGAAGUUCAUAUGACAUCAGCUGCGGCAUUUGUGGAGGGGGGAAUCCAGGACUCAUGUGAUGAUGCUUGCAGCAUUUGCCUCGAAGAGUUUUGUGAAAGUGAUCCCUCAACGGUGACUAAUUGCAAGCAUGAGUUCCAUCUUCAGUGCAUCCUUGAAUGGUGUCAGAGAAGCUCUGAGUGUCCCAUGUGUUUGCAAUCCAUUAGUCUUAAAGAUCCCACCAGUCAAGAAUUGUUUGAGGCUGUAGAACGGGAGAGGAAAAUCAGGGCUGCUCCUUCAAGAAAUGCUACUAUUUUUCAUCAUCCUACACUUGGGGAUUUCGAGUUGCAGCAUCUACCAGUUGGUGUAAGUGAUUCUGAACUUGAGGAGCGUAUAAUCCAGCACCUGGCUGCUGCUGCUGCUAUGGGAAGGACCCGCCACUUUGGUAGGAGGGAAGGGCAGAGAAACAGGGCAUCUUCCCAUGGCCGUCCACACUUCUUGGUAUUUUCUACUCAUCCUGGUGCACAGCCUUCUGGUCAUGUUUCUUCAUCUUUGACUGAGCUAGGCGGGGAAAAUGAACCAGCUCCAGUCUCUGUAGCUAGUCCAUCCACACCGCUCACUUCUGUUGGGGAUGAACCACCACAACAAGCCUUACAAUCCCCUUCUGUUUUAACUGAUCAAAGUUCCUCUGCAUCUGGAUCCACAGAGAUGCCUGCAAAUAAUCAAGGAGUUUCCUUUAAUAAUAGGAGCGCUACUAGCCAGUCUUCGCUGCCAAAUCAAGAUAGAGCCGGACCAUCAGAAUUGCAGUCAUUUUCCGAGUCUCUAAAAUCUAGGCUUAAUGCAGUUUCAAUGAGGUACAAAGAGUCAAUUUCAAGAAGUACAAGAGGGUGGAAGGAGAGGCUGUUUUCUCGCAACAGUUCAAUGUCUGAUAUCAGCUCUGAUGUUCGAAGAGAAGUGAAUGCAGGAAUUGCAACUGUAUCUCGUAUGAUGGAGCGCCUUGAAACCAGAGAUAACGGUGGAGACAACCAAGUUUCUGUGUCAAAUCAUUUGACUGAUCGCUCCAAUGUGGAGAGGAGCAACCAGAAUACUGCUGCGACUCACAUAGAGAGCCCAUUAAAUGAAGGAAGUACACCAGCUGCUUGUGCUGCAAGUUCAGCAUCUACUUAAGUUAAAGAGUGUCUUCAGCAAUUGCAUCUGUCCUCAGCAUUUCAUCUUUGGAGUUUUCAGGUUGUGACCUCUUUUACUCCAAAUAUGACACGCUGAGGAGAAGAUGCUGUGUAUCACAGGGCAGAGGAUGAGCAUUCACCUGAAAUUGAAUAAAAAGGUAAGAAAGAGUAAGUCUUCAGAAACAAUUUCCAUGUGGACAGAUAUAUAUUGGGUAUAUGUAUGUAAAUUUGUUUUGUAACCCAGAAUUGUUUCAAAGCUAAAGCCAGAACAUCCCACGAAGAAAAUGUAUUCGAGCUAUAUAUUAUGCCUGGAUGGUUGGAUUUUCGUACAAGUAGAACACUAAAACAUCUAUCUAAUCAUGUAUUGAAAUUUUAGAACCCAGGCCUUUUAAAGGAAAAGUACUGGUUUGCAUA